UUCAGACAGAAUGCCAACACAUGAUGUCACUCUGGCAGAAAUCAUCAUUUAAAAGAAAGGGAGAAAGUAGCAGCAGCCACUUAGCAAAUAUUUCGAGAGGUUGCGAGCUGGAACAGGCAGAGUCCACAAGCAGCCUUAGAUACAAUAGGAGACAGCAACUGGAGGGGACACAGGAACUGGGCGAGAGCUGUUUUCUGGAUUUAGCAGUUAAGAGCUGGAACAAGCUGAAUGAGAUCACUUUAACUGAAAGCCUAAAACUGAAAAUGAUUCCAGCCAUUUCUUUAUUUAUUAUAAUUUUGCACCUUUUGAGUCAGUACAGCUCCUGUCAGCAACUGGUUACUGGAGAAGUUGGGCGAAGAAUGCUUGCUCAAAUGAGGGAAACAAACCAGGAAUUGGCAGAAAUCAAACUUCUCCUGAAACAACAGAUAAAGGAGGUCAUCUUUCUGAAGAAUACGUUGGCAGAAUGUAAUUUCUGUGGUCUCCAAAAUGAAUGGCAGCACGAGACAAUCACUGUUUAUCCAUUUGGGAGCUGUGAUCCCAAUCCAUGCUUCCCUGGGGUUCAGUGCUCAGCGACACUCAAUGGAUUUUACUGUGGGGCCUGUCCCAAUGGCUUUACAGGGAAUGGGACACACUGUACUGAUGUGGAUGAGUGCCGGACACGUCCGUGCCACCCCAGGGUCCGAUGCAUUAACAUGUCUCCUGGCUUUCAAUGUGACCCCUGCCCAGUUGGUUACACUGGCCCACAAAUCCAGGGAGUUGGAGAGACAUUUGCCACAACACACAGGCAGAUUUGCAAUGACAUCAAUGAGUGUGAGAAUGGUGCCAAUGGCGGCUGUGACCCGAACUCGGAGUGCAUCAACACUCCGGGAUCAUUUCGGUGUGGCCCGUGUAAGGCCGGCUAUGUCCGAGAUCAGAACCGGGGCUGUCGUUUGGAGAGGAGCUGCAGCAAUGGAGCGAGAAACCCCUGCCAUGAGAGAGCAGACUGUAUUGUCAGCCGCCAAAACAAGAUCACUUGUGUUUGUGCAAUCGGAUGGGCUGGAAAUGGCUACAGAUGUGCAAAGGACACAGAUAUUGAUGGGUUUCCAGAUGUGACACUUGAGUGUCCUGAAAGACACUGCCACAAGGAUAACUGUGUGACAGUCCCAAACUCUGGGCAGGAAGAUGCUGAUGGAGAUGGUGCUGGAGACGCCUGUGAUGAUGAUGCAGAUGGAGAUGGAGUUCCAAACCUUGAGGACAAUUGCGUUCUGGUCCCAAAUGUUGACCAGAGAAACACAGAUCAGGAUAAUUUUGGAGAUAUGUGUGAUAACUGCAGACUCAUCAUUAAUAACAAUCAGCAGGACAUUGAUGGUGACGGAAAAGGAGAUGCAUGUGAUCAGGACAUGGAUGGAGACGGAAUAAGGAAUGGUUUAGAUAACUGUGAGCGAGUUCCAAACCAGGAUCAGCUGGACCGUGACAGUGAUGGGGUUGGAGAUGCCUGUGACAGCUGCCCAAACAUCAGAAACCCAGAUCAGUUGGAUGAUGACAACGACCUUGUAGGUGAUUCGUGUGACACCAACACAGACAGCGACGGUGAUGGGCACCAGGACAGCAAAGAUAAUUGCCCGACGGUCAUUAAUAGUGCCCAACUAGACACAGACAGGGAUGGACUGGGUGACGAAUGUGAUGAUGAUGAUGAUAAUGAUGGAAUUCCUGAUUAUGUCACUCCUGGACCAGACAAUUGCCGACUUGUAGCUAAUCCAAUGCAGGAAGAUUAUGAUGGUGAUGGGAUGGGAGACGUGUGCGAAGGAGAUUUUGAUGACGAUAAGGUCAUUGACGUUAUCGAUGUUUGUCCUGAAAAUGCUGAGAUUGCACUCACUGAUUUCCGAGCCUAUCAGACGGUGAUCCUGGAUCCUGAGGGAGAUGCGCAGAUUGACCCAAACUGGGUUGUCUUAAACCAGGGGAUGGAGAUUGUGCAGACAAUGAACAGUGAUCCAGGUCUCGCAGUCGGUUACACAGCCUUUAAUGGGGUAGAUUUUGAAGGAACAUUUCACGUAAACACAAUGACAGAUGACGACUAUGCUGGAUUUAUCUUCGGCUAUCAGGACAGCUCCAGUUUCUAUGUGGUAAUGUGGAAACAGACAGAACAAACCUAUUGGCAAGCUAAUCCUUUCCGAGCUGUGGCAGACCCUGGGAUCCAGCUCAAGGCAGUGAAAUCUCAGACUGGCCCAGGGGAACACCUGCGGAAUGCCCUCUGGCACACAGGAGACACCAGCAAUCAAGUCAAGCUUUUGUGGAAAGAUCCCAGGAAUAUUGGGUGGAAAGACAAGACUUCAUAUCGCUGGUUCCUGCAACAUCGACCCCAGGUCGGGUACAUCAGAGUCCGACUGUAUGAAGGACCAAAGAUUGUGGCAGAUUCAGGGGCAAUCGUUGACACUACGAUGCGUGGAGGGAGACUUGGAGUCUUCUGCUUCUCACAGGAAAACAUCAUCUGGGCAAAUCUACGCUACCGAUGCAAUGACACAAUUCCAGAAGAUUUCCACCCAACACAACUUCAGAACCAGUUUUGAAGAAUGGAGCAUGAUCCCAGAAAAACCUUUUGGAACUUACCAACUCUGGCAGUGACAACAUCUCAAACCUUCAAUCAAUAGUACUAGAACGUUUCCCACAGAUUUAGAUGAAAAUAACAACUCUAACACCUGGACCCUUGUUGGAUGAUGGGCAAGAACAGGUCUUAAGGAAAUCCUUCAUGAUCAAUUGAUUGAAUAAAUUCUUGUCACUCAGAAGAUGGCCAAUCAAUCAA